AUGACGACUUGGGCUCGUCGCCUGGUCAACGGCGAUGUAUAUAGUUGGAGUUUUUCACGCAACAUUUUCGGUACGACGCUUUUCUGGUGUGAUGUAGCUACCGCCCGCAGCAAGAAGCAUCUUUCUUUCAAUGCAUACGACGAAAGCCAAAGAAAGAAAGGGAUGCCCAAGCUUCAUGAACUUACAUGGGAGAUCAAGGACGACGGCCUUUAUUUUGCCGGUUUUCCCAUUCCCAUUGCACCAUGGGUCUCGCAGUAA